AUGGAGCCACAAGGGACAGGAUAUAUUGCCCUUAAGGAUGGAAGGAAACUCUACUUAGAGUGUCUUGAUUCUGCUAUCAUGGAUACUAACGAAUGCCAGCCCCUUCAUGUUGAUAUACUAAGGUUCUAUGAAAGCAUAAAUAUGAAACUGGAUCAGCAAGUUCCUCUACUGUUAGUUGAAAGACAACGACUGAACGAAGCAAGGGGGUGA